AUGGGGAGCUCAUCCUCUUCCUCUGAUUCAGCCUCCUCCAUUGGCACAUUCUCAUUGCUCUCAUGCUCACUUCAUCAACUCUUGAUUCACCUCUUCUCCUUCCUCUUCACUCUCAGUCUCAUCACUUCCUUCUUCACUUGGAGAGCCAUUACCCUCCUCUUGAACAAGGUUCACUCCAAUCUCAAACUCCCCUUGCUCACUCUCACUACUAAUGGGUCAUUCCUCUUCUUGGUUCUCCUUUCCUCCCUCAACCUCUCACUUCAGACUGCUCCUCAGAGACAUGCUCUCUGCAUCAGACUCUUCCAUCUGCUGGUUCCUCUCUUCUCGAUCUCACAUACUCCAAACCUUCAUCUUGGACAUCCUUCUCUCAUCUUCUUGCUUUCUCUCCCUUUGCUUUCUAAGCUGCUUGGCUUCCCUCACCUCUCAACAUCUUGA